AUGGAUGCGGCCCUUUCCCUGCACUAUUCCUGUAGGUACACUGUCAAACAGAACGCCUAUAGUAAGAGCUUUCCCAUGCAGGUUGGAGUUAGACAGGGCUGUGCACUUGCACCAACCAUAUACAGCUUGUUCACGGUACUCUUUUACCGGGAGUUAGCAAAAUGCACUUCGCAGGCCUGGGCGGAGAAGUGCCUAACAAUUUUCCCUGAUGACAAGCAUUUGCAUUGGCAGAUUGAAUCUACAGGGGACCUUCAAUUCGUUUGCCAUUGCGUGCAGCAGACGUUUCGCCUUCUCCGCCAGUACGGCAUGACGGUCAACUCCGACAAGUCGCGCCUCGUCGUUGCUCUGCGAACCUAG